AUGGAGGAUAAUGAAGUUGUUAAGGACAAAGCGUAUUGGACUUCGCGUAAAAAACGGUUUUUUAUACACUCGGAAGUGCCAGUGGAGAAACACAAGGCAAGAGAAGAGACCUAUGAGCGUUUUAGGUAUUUACUUAAACUGACUGAUUUAUUUCGUCACUUUAUCGGCUUGAGAGCUAAACAAGACAAGAACAUCCAAAAGUUACUCAAGAACAUUGAUCUUGAGGAGAGUUCACACGGCCAACGGGCAGGCAGUGGGUCGGAUAGUUCGAGGCAUCAUAGGAAAAGUGAAAAGGAGGAAGACGCAGAAUUAAUGGAGGAAGAAGAGGACAACCUUGAUUCUACAGAGGUCCUCACGGAAUCACCGAGUUUUAUAAAAUCCGGGACCUUGCGAGAUUAUCAAAUCCAGGGUGUCAACUGGUUGUUAUCCCUUUAUGAAAACAAACUCUCGGGUAUCCUUGCUGAUGAGAUGGGGCUCGGGAAAACUUUGCAAACAAUUGCUUUCCUGGGUUAUUUGCGAUACGCCAAGAAUAUUGAUGGCCCAUCAAUUGUGAUAGUUCCGAAAUCCACGCUUAACAACUGGAAACGAGAGUUUUCCAAGUGGACGCCCGAAGUCGAAACUGUUGUCUUAAGUGGUGAUAAAGAGCAACGCCGAGAGAUUUUAAAUACAGUUGUGCUUGAAGCCAAAUUUGACAUCCUCAUAACAUCUUAUGAGAUGGUCAUAAAAGAAAAAUCCACGUUAAAAAGAUUGAUGUGGCAAUAUCUGGUUAUCGACGAAGCACACCGUAUAAAAAAUGAGCAGAGUACCUUGUCUCAAAUAAUACGCCUCUUUCAUUCACGAGGCAGACUCCUGAUCACAGGUACCCCAUUGCAAAACAACCUUCACGAGUUGUGGGCUCUCCUGAAUUUUUUACUUCCUGAUAUCUUUGGUGAUUCAGAUGUAUUUGAUCAAUGGUUCGAACAAAAUAAUAGUGAAGAAGACCAGGAUGUCGUCGUACAGCAACUUCAUACCGUUUUGAGCCCAUUUUUACUGAGAAGACUAAAAUCAGAAGUAGAGACUUCAUUGUUACCAAAAAUUGAAACUAACUUAUAUGUGGGCAUGACUCAGAUGCAAGUUCAGUGGUACAAGAGUCUCCUAGAAAAGGAUUUGGAUGCUGUCAAUGGAGCAAUAGGGAAACGCGAGGGUAAUACGAGGCUACUUAACAUUGUUAUGCAGCUAAGAAAGUGCUGUAAUCAUCCAUAUCUUUUCGAAGGUGCUGAACCGGGGCCGCCAUAUACAACAGACGAGCAUUUAGUUUACAAUGCUGGAAAAAUGAUCGUUCUUGACAAAUUAUUGAAAAAAAAGAGAGAGGCUGGUUCUCGCGUCUUGAUUUUCAGUCAGAUGUCCAGACUUUUAGAUAUUCUGGAAGAUUAUUGUUUUUUCAGAGAUUACGAAUACUGUAGAAUAGACGGGUCAACGUCUCAUGAAGACAGAGUUGAAGCUAUCGAUCAGUUUAAUGAAACGGGGUCAGAAAAGUUUAUUUUUUUGUUGACCACUAGAGCAGGCGGUCUGGGAAUCAACCUUGUGACUGCAGACACUGUUGUACUGUACGAUUCUGACUGGAAUCCCCAGGCAGAUUUGCAAGCGAUGGAUAGAGCACACAGAAUUGGACAAAAGAAACAGGUGCACGUUUAUCGAUUUGUUACAGAAAAUGCAAUUGAGGAGAAAGUUAUUGAAAGAGCAGCACAGAAGCUACGUUUAGACCAGCUCGUAAUUCAGCAGGGGGUUGGUAAGAAAACCUCCUCCAUUGGUAAUUCAAAAGGCGACCUUUUGGACAUGAUUCAAUUUGGAGCGAAAGACGUAUUUGGAAAUCAUUCCAAGAUGACGGUUAACGACGACAUUGAAGAUAUUUUGAGAAAAGGUGAAGAGAAAACGCUGCGACUUAACGCCAAAUACGAAAAGCUUGGAUUAGAUGACCUGCAAAAGUUCAACGGCUUAGGAGACCAAUCUGCUUAUGAAUGGAAUGGAGAAAACUUUCAAAAAAAACCCGAGGACCAAACAAGAAACUGGAUCAAUCCAUCUCGCCGUGAAAGAAGGAGAGAGCAAUCCUAUAUAACGGAAGAUGGAUCCAAAGAUUAUGAUAGUACUUCCAAGAACAGCCCUCAACCGAGAUCUGUUAAACCGCCGAAGACCAUUAACAUCCAAGAACACCAAUUUUUUCCACCCCAGGUACGAGAAUUACAAGAAAAAGAGCAGCUAUGGUUCAAAAAGAAAGUCAACUAUAGAGUCUCGACGUAUGAUCUGAUCCUCGAUGAACUCGACGUUGCGGCUGAGGAACUUGACAGGCUUGUGGCUGGGGAGCAAGCUAAAAUUGACAGCGCAAAAGAAUUUUCAGAUGAAGAUAGCAAUCUGAAACAACAACUCGUUGACCAGGCGUUUACCAAUUGGAAUAAGAAAGAGUUUUUUAUCUUUAUUAACAGUUGUGGAAGAUAUGGUAGAAACGAUUAUGCUUCAAUUGCGAGCACCUUGGACAACAAGACUAUUGACGAUGUCAAGGAAUAUGCACAGGUUUUUUGGGAGAGGUUCACUGAAUUGCCAGGCCACGAAAAAUACGUAAACUCCAUCGAAGCUGGGGAACGACGAGCAGAUCGACAGAAAAACCAGGAAUACCUGCUCAAGAAAAAGGUUGAACAAUAUGAAGAUCCUCUCUACAACAUGAUAGUGCCGUACCCACCUAAUAACUCCCGCAAAACUUUUGACCAUUUUGAAGAUCGCUUCAUUUUGGUAACUAUCUACAAUAUAGGGCUUUCGGCUGAGAACCUCUACGAAAAGGUUAAGCAAGAAAUCAUGGCAAGUGAUUUAUUCGAAUUCAACUGGUUUUUCAAAUCAAGAAGUGUUCAAGAAAUCUCAAAGAGAGCGAACACUCUCCUUGCUAUAAUAGCUCGAGAAUUCGAAGGCCCUGAUAAUCACAAGAAAAAGCGACAAAGAGCCAAAGAGAACACACCUAAUCCUGAGAUCGAAGGAAGCCUUUCGCCAAGUGCCCACACAGAGAAAAAGCUUAAGUCACAGGAUGAAGUAGAUGUAAUAUAA